GGUACCGAUUGGACCCGUUUUAUUAGUAUAAAGCUAUUAAACAGUGUAUUUUCAUGCCAUAUAUGAUCCAAAGGGGUACUAAUUUUUCAUAAGUAUAAAUAUACUUAACUGUACUUUAUUUUAUUACGAAAAUCAUAAAACCAGUUAAAACCGAGAAAUUCCCGAGAGAGUUCUUCGUGUUCUUGAGAUUCAAACGAGGAUUUGGACGCGUUAUCGGACUCGGAUUUUGACGUUCAAGGGCUCAAAUUGAAGGUUUUAACAAGUAGAAUCAUAAUCUAGCAUCAAAAUCAGUGCAGCAACAUCAGUGAAAGCAGAGAAGGUUGGUAGCGAUGACCCUCAGGCUAGUGGUAAGGCCAGGAUUCCAGGCUGAGCGAUGGAGAGCGCUAUCAGCAGCACUUGGUUUUUAUAUAUGUACUGUUUGAGUUUCGAGAUGCGAACAUUAUGUAAGCUUGUAAGAAUUGAAUUUAUAUUUGGGAUUUGGGUUUGUAAUAAAUAAAGUUAUGCGGUGGCUUGUUUUAUACUUUAACCUGUUGCGAUCCAUGGACAGUUAAGGGUCACUGCAUAUAUUAUUUUAUUAAAUACAGGUUAUAUUAUGGUGUGGACCCCAAACUUCUGACCCGGGUUUGGAGGGCGCCACAGGUUGGUAUCAGAGCGACAGGUUUAAGUUAAUGAAACAAGCCUAGAUUGUUAGGUUGGGUAGAAGUUUAAGAUUAGAAAUGAGUGAUAGGUAGAUAGAACGUUGAGAGGUUGAGAAUUACUCGUAAUAGAUUUAGGAUUGAUGUUGGUAGUGGAUGCAGAUUCUCAUACGUGUUUGUUCAUGUUGAUUCUCAGACUAUCAGGCAUGUCAGGCCCCAGUACCCCGGUUCAUUCUGAUCAUUCAGAGUCGACAGUUGAGGGACUUCCACCCCGUCCAGGAGUUGUACCUAUAUCUCCACCCAGGGCACUUACACCCCCACCUGUAGCUGGACCUUCACGUCCACCUGGAUACCCUCACAGUGGACAGACCCCUAUUGCAGCUAUACCACUUAGGGCUAUACCCCCACCUGCACCUGAGAUGCCCCCACCUGCUCCCAUUGUACGACCUCCUAUCCGUGGACCCCCACCAGAGCAUGAGUCUUCAGGAUUUUCAGGUGUCGGACCCUCUUAUCCGCAUUCCCCUCUUUCAGUACCCUAUCACUAUUAUCAGGCACUUCUGAUGCAGAGAGAGGAGCUAUUGGGCCAGAUUAGUGAGUUGACACAGGCGAUGGGGGAGUUAGACCCUAGCAGGGCAGAGCGACAGCUGAGAGAGGAGAUACGUGCUUUUAGGACAGAGGCAGUAGAGAGGUUAUGUGGGAUCACCGCACCACUUGGUACCCCUGGAGAUAUUAUAGACUGGGCUCGUUGGGUCUUGGAGCGGCUGGACGUUAUCGGAGGACCAGACUUUCCCUAGGUCUGGAGUGUAUCAGAUGUUGGAAAUGAUCAGUACUAUAGUGAGUAGUGUGUAUGAUGCAGCAUAGUGAGUAGUGUAUCAGGUCAGCAGAUUUUGACAUGUACAUAUAGACUAGCGGAGCUGGCCAGAUGAUGUGUAUGUGGUUAUGAUCAUCAGCAGAUUUUGACAUGUA